AUGCCGCCAAGCACUUAUGAAUAUUUCAAUGAUUGCAUUGGCCAGAGCAGGUUAUGAGGCAGAACACUUCAUGCCUGCUUCUCAUUUGCAAUCAGCCGGGUUCAUAUGGCAACGAAAACAAAAAUCUCUGAAUGAAGUUCUGCGACCACGCUGAGGUGGACAGGAUUAACAGAGAACAGGCGCCGCCUAGCGUCCGCACGGCAGAUUUAUACUGAGCGGAAAAUAGAAAAGGACGCUUCACCUGCUGAAGGAUACUCCGUUGAAACGAACGUUUAAAUGGCACGGAGAGCCGCCGGGCGCUAGUUAAUUGAAAGAAACCUGGCUGUGUCCGUCUUUAUUAGUUACUCCUGAAAUGAACAGAUUAAAUUAUAUGGAGAUAGGGAGAAACGAAAGACACCGAAUUUUAAUACAAAUGGUAAUCAUUUUCGCUUGGAAAUCGGAAUCGUAAUUCAAGCAUGACAGUUUUCAGGAAAGAACGAGUGCUUUUUUGGCAUUUAGACUUCAUCUGAUGUUGUGCUCUUGUCGGAUUACUUGUCUGAUCCUCCUUAGAACACGAAGAUCACUUGCGUCUCCCGAACCCCUGCUAGGAGCGCCAGCGCAGUAACCAGCGGUUAAGGAAAACGACAACCUGCUGACUCCUGCUUUGAGACAAGCACGGCAACGUCAAAGCAACUGCAGCCAACGGAAAAAAGCUGGCGCACCGGAGCCUGUCCAUCCUGGGACGAGCGCAGUCGGAGUUCGUGGGUGGGACGCAGAUGGCAGAAGUGACUUUAGGCGUCGGCGCCUUCACUCACGAGAAAGAAAUCUUCAGCGUUUUGUCGUUCGGCCAUCAAAGGUGCGUCCACCAUCGGACAGCAAUGUCUUGCGAAGCAGCAGCCUCGUCCCGAGUGGUGGGCUCAGCGUCCUCAAGAUGAACCUUGGCAAUCUGUCUUCCACCCAGAGUCUCCUGGCCGGAAUCAGCUCCAAUAAAACAUGGCACCAGUUCACCGGCCUGCAGCUCCUGCAGUCCUUCAAGCCGCUCAUCAUCCCGUGCUACUCCUUCGUCGUGGUCAUUGGCGUCUUUGGGAACUACCUGCUCAUUUAUGUCAUCUGCAAGACCAAGAAGAUGCACAACGUGACCAACUUCCUCAUCGGUAACCUGGCCUUCUCGGACAUGUUGAUGUGCGCCACCUGCGUGCCUCUCACGCUGGCCUACGCCUUUGAGCCCCGCGGCUGGGUCUUUGGGAUGUUCAUGUGCUACUUCGUGUUCCUCAUGCAGCCGGUGACCGUCUUUGUGUCUGUGUUCACCCUGACGGUCAUCGCGGUGGACCGGUUUUACGCCACGGUUUACCCCCUUAGACGGCGACUCACCAUCCCCACCUGCGCCUACAUCCUGACGGCCAUCUGGCUGCUCUCUUGUGCCUUGGCCGCUCCGGCCCUUGCUCACACCUAUCAUGUCGAAUUCCCGCAGCUCGAUUUUUCCAUUUGCGAGGAGUUCUGGGUGGGCAUGGAGAAGGAACGCCUGGCCUACGCUUACAGCACCCUGCUGCUGACCUACGUGCUCCCCCUGAGCGUCAUCUCCUUGUCGUGCCUGCGCAUUUCGGUGAAACUCAAGAACAGGGUGGUGCCCGGGAACUUCACCCAGAGCCAGGCGGAGUGGGACCGGGCGAGGAGGCGCAAGACCUUCCGCCUGCUCGUGCUGGUCGUGGCGGCGUUCGCCGUCUGCUGGCUGCCGCUGCACAUCUUCAACAUGAUGAAGGACAUCGACAUCAACCUCAUCAACAAGCAGUACUUCAACCUCAUCCAGCUUCUGUGUCACUGGUUCGCCAUGAUGUCUGCCUGCACCAAUGCCAUUCUGUACGCGUGGCUACACGACAAUUUCAGAGGACAGUUGAAAAAGAUGUUCGCCUGGAAGAAGAAAAAGAUAACGCCGGCCGUGAACUGCGUGAUGACCAGCGUUGUCCUUUAAAUCGGACUUUUUUUUUCUUUAAUUUUAUGGCAUUCUUUCAUUUUAUGUUUCUAAAGAAUAUCAGAAUCCAAAACUGUACAGGCUAUGCACAGUGGGCUCAUUAUCGGUGGGAAAAGACAUCUUGUGCCAUAAAGAAAUGACAGCAGGAGCGAAAAGAAAAAGUCGCAGGAAUACCUCGGAAUAACUGGAAGGAGAAAGCGCUCGUCUGACAGAUCAAAGACAAGCCGCUGGCCCGCACGUCGGCGGCCCUGCAAAGCGCAUUCAGCUGGUAACGAGUUCACAUCCCGCAGCUUCAGAAUGUCAAAUUAAAUCGGAUAGAGCAAAGGACAGCGGAACACUAAACACCUGUGGGGGUCAUUCAUCUGAAACUGACGGACAUGUUUCUUUGUGUAUUUACGUGUUGCUUCAGUUUCUACUCGGGUAACACUUUAGUGUGGUUACUGUAAAAAUGAACCUAUUACACUCUUACGGAACAAGACGUUAAAUAACGCUUCUUUUGGUGUUCGUAACACUUUUAAAAUAUCGGUAAAGCGGUUUUUCGUCUAUACAAUAUAAUCUUCUGAAAUAACUUCACUUUGGAAGGGCCUGAAGGUGCUUAAGUCAGACUCAUGUCCCUUGAUAUUGCAUACUUCAUUAUAAGCCUGGUGAGUCUUUAAUAUUCAUAAGUAAUUUUAGCAGCAUAUCAGAUUGCACACUGCAUGGUGGUGAAUAAUCACUUUACUGAUGCUUUAUAUCCCAAAUUAAGACUUACAGAAGACUUUGUUAAGGUCUUGCUGCAUAAGAGUUAUUAUUGAUACACUUUGUUACUUCCUGAUGGGAAAUUGUCUUUUGACAUGAACUUUGGGGUAGGGGGGUUGGGAGAGCACAGGGUUACUCAUUGUAUGCCCCCUGCCCGGGGCAAUGUUCACAUUAAAGACCUAGCUGAAGGGCCCAACAGAGUAGGAUCCCUUCUGGCACUAAUAGGAUUUGA